CAUCAUCAUCAUCAUGGAAACGCCGAAAAAACAUUUAAUUCUACCCGAAUUACCUGUUAAUGGCCAUGGUUGGGGCCCAGUAGACAAUCUAAAAUUAUUCAAUGGAAUGUCCUAUCAAUCAUUUAAUAAAAAUGAUCGUCUUGGUAUGGUUGCCGAUUGGACCGGUGAUACUUAUUCGGAUAAUCGUUUGUUAAUGAAAUAUCAAGUUCAAUAUGGUGCCAAUCAAUAUCGUAAUAUGAUUGAAGAUGAAGAUUCAUUUCAAGUGGUUGAUCAAACUAAAAAUCAACGUACACAACGUAGUAAAAUUCGUAUGGGACAAAAUCUUCGUGGCCGUCAUCAACGUAAUAACCAUAAUGCAUUUCGUCGUAAUAAUCGACAAAAUACACGUGGAAAAUAUGGUAAUAAAUCGAAUAGAAAAUAUGAUAAUAAAGGACAGAAUUCUAAACGUGAAUCCUCGGUUAAUGUACGGCCUGAAUGGAAAAUACUUGAAGAAAUGGAUUUUCCACGUUUAUCAAAAUUAUCAUUACCAAAUAUUGGUGAUGGUCAAGAAAUCUAUACGGCAGGUUCAAUGGAAUAUUAUGAUAAAAGUUAUGAUCGUAUUAAUUGUAAAGUGGAACGACCAUUACAGCGUAUUAAUCGUAUUUUCCAUAAAGUAACCACCACUGAUGAUCCAAUUAUACGAAAAUUAUCAAAAAUUGAAGGCAAUGUUUAUGCUACCGAUGCAAUUAUUGCCACGUUGAUGUGUGCUACACGUUCGGUGAAUUCAUGGGAUAUUGUUGUACAACGUUUUAAGGAUAAAUUAUUUUUCGAUAAACGUGAUGAUUCUGAUUUUGAUCUAUUAUCGGUGAAUGAAAGUGCAGCCGAACCACCAUAUAAUGAUGAUCCGAAUAGCAUUAAUAAUCCAAGAAAUUUAGCAUUGGAAGCAACAUUUAUCAAUCAUAAUUUUUCGCAACAAGUUUUGAAAAAGAAUGGUGAAAAAUAUAAUUUUGAAAAUCCAAAUCCAUUUGUUGCUGAAGAUGAAAAUGUAGAAGUAGCAUCCGUCGGUUAUCGUUACCGGAAAUGGAAUCUAGGUGAAGGUGUCAAUCUGGUUGUACGUUGUGAACAUGAUGCCGUCACUCAUGGAUCAAAUGAUGAACUACAAUUGAUGAAUAUUAAAGCAUUGAAUGAAUGGGAUUCAAGAAUUACCGGAGCUAUUGAUUGGCGACAAAAAUUGGAUGUUCAACGUGGUGCUGUAUUGGCUAAUGAAUUGAAAAACAAUGCAUGUAAAUUGGCCAAAUGGACUGUUCAAUCAUUGUUGGCUGGUUCACAUCAAAUUAAAUUUGGUUAUGUUUCACGUGUAAAUUUUCGUGAUUCCACUAAACAUUCAAUUCUUGGUACACAACAAUUUCGACCACGUGAAUUUGCUGAUCAAAUUAAUUUGAAUUUAGACAAUGCUUGGGGUAUUCUACGUUGCAUUAUUGAUACAUGUCUAAAAUUGGAUGAAGGAAAAUAUUUAAUCCUUAAAGAUCCGAACAAACCAAAUCUGAUUAUUUAUUCAAUUCCACCGGAAACAUUUGAAACCGAUGACGAUGAUGAUGAUGUUGGUGAUGAUGAUGAUGAUGAAGAAGAUAAAUCCAAUAUUGUUGAUGAAGUGGCCAAGGAAAAAAAAUGAAAAAAUGACCACUACUACUACUCGUGUGUGUUUGUUGUCAUUAAUCGGCACGAAAAUUUUAUCACAAAAAAAAUGGAUUCAAAACAAAAAUUAUUGAUUAAUCAAUCAAUCAAAUUUUUUUUUAUUGUUCAGAAAAA